UGCUCGCAACGCUUUCGUGGCCGACAGUCGGACAACAAUAUAUUCCUUCAUGAAGUCCUCCUUUGUUGCUGCGUGCAUGUCCGCGGCGUCAGUACUUGCGUACGAUAUCUACCGCUUACGCAUUCCAAAUGGCCUCACGACCACAACGGACGGUGUGUCUGCAGUCGGCCACGUGAAUAAAUAUGGCCGAGGACGGGCCACACCGUUUGGCCGGGACUUCGAACGACUCGGGGGGAAAUGGACGCAAGAGUUGUGCGAAAAGGACUCGGAUGGAGACGGAGCUACGAACGGGCAAGAGUUGGGCGACCCCUGCUGCACAUGGAAAGUCGGACGGCCAGUUCUAAAGGACCCAACAUCUCCUGGGCACAAAAACAGCUUCACCCAAGCCCAGUUGGCGGCACUCAAGUGCACGGACGACACCAUUGCAUCAAGGGAGAAGAAACAACGACAUGGUGUACCAGACGAGUUAUAGCUAUACGACAUGAAGGAACUCCAUGCGCGUUUUGAUCGAAACUAUGUAUGCUAAUGGAAACUAUAUACAUCAUAUGCGCUUAGAUGCAGCGAU